CCCAGCCCCGGCUCUCCUUGCAGAAGGAAGGCUUAAUUCAGGCCCUCAGGGAAAACCGCAAUUUGCUCCUGACUUGACAUACUGACGGGUUUCUGGCGGCAGUGCCCCCUUUGUCUCCCCAAGCUGCUGUGUGCAGCUGAUGAUGCUGGGUGUCUAUACCCUGCUUCUGCUCUGGGGCCUGGCCACUCCGUGCCUGGGGCUGCUUGAGACAGUGGGCACGCUUGCUCGGAUUGACAAAGAUGAACUGGGCAAAGCCAUCCAGAACUCCCUAGUUGGAGGCCCUAUUCUGCAAAACGUGCUGGGGACCGUGACAUCAGUGAACCAGGGCCUCCUGGGUGCAGGAGGGUUGCUUGGAGGCGGUGGCCUGCUGAGCUAUGGUGGCAUCUUCAGUCUUGUGGAAGAACUCUCUGGGCUGAAGAUAGAGGAACUAACUUUACCCAAAGUGUCAAUCAAGCUUCUGCCGGGGUUCGGGGUACAGCUGAGCCUGCACACGAAGGUUAGCCUGCAUGGCUCCGGUCCCCUGGUGGGCCUCCUGCAGCUGGCCGCAGAGGUGAAUGUGUCUUCGAAAGUGGCACUGGGCAUGAGCUCGCGGGGGACACCCAUCCUUGUCCUUAAGCGCUGCAACACGCUCCUGGGCCGCAUCAGUCUGAUGUCAGGGUUGCUGCCCACGCCAAUCUUUGGGCUGGUAGAACAGACACUGUGCAAGGUGCUGCCUGGACUGCUGUGUCCUGUGGUAGACAGUGUGCUGAGCGUGGCGAAUGAGCUCUUGGGGGCUACACUGAGCCUGGUGCCCCUUGGGCCUCUGGGGUCUGUGGAGUUCACUCUGGCUACACUACCCCUAAUCUCCAACCAGUACAUUGAGCUGGAUAUAAAUCCCAUCGUGAAGAGCAUAGCUGGCGACGUCAUUGAUUUUCCCAAGCCACGCCUCCCAGUCAAGGUGCCCCCCAAAGAGGACCACACCUCCCAAGUGACUGUCCCGCUCUACCUCUUCAGCACCGUGUUUGGACUCCUGCAAACCAACGGCGCCCUUGACCUGGACAUCACCCCUGAGAUGGUUCCCAGGAAUGUCCCGCUGACAACUACUGACCUGGCAGCUUUGGCCCCUGAGGCCUUGGGGAAACUGCCCCCUGAUCAGCACCUCCUGCUCUCGCUGCGGGUAACAAAAUCACCCAUGGUCCUGCUGCAGAACAAGAAGGCCACAGUCUCCAUCCCAGUCACCAUCCAUGUGCUGUCUUCUGUCCCUCAAGGAACUCCUGUAGCCCUUUUCCAGAUGAAUGGGGUCAUGACUCUAAAUGCCCACCUGGCUCCAUCCACCACCAAGCUGCACAUAUCCCUGUCCCUGGAACGGUUGAGUGUCCAGCUGGCCUCCUCCUUUCCCCAACCUUUUGAUGCAUCCCGUCUAGAAGAAUGGCUCAGUGAUGUGGUCCGUGCUGCCUACAUACAGAGGCUCAAUGAACACCUGGAGGUUGGAAUACCCCUGCCUAAGAUUCUCAAUGUCAACUUUGCCAAUUCAGUAGUAGAUGUCAUUGAGAAUGCGGUUGUGCUCACAGUGGCUCCGUGAGACAGUGUGGCUGCUGCUCUCCCUGUUCACUACAGGGUCCUGUCUGCCCACUCUGCCUCAGUUUCCCUCUUAGUCUCCAGCCUGCAUUGGUGACAGUAUAAGAGCCCCUUGCCCACCCAGCACUUCCACCUUGUCCUCUGUUCCUGUAAUUAUGCCUGUUUGGGGGUAGGGAUGGCUGGACAGCCACUGAUCUGCUUCAGAAAGUACACAGCACCUUGGUUCAGUCCCAGUUUCAAUAAACUGAUCCUUGGUCUUCUG